AUGCGUUACGCACAGAUAGUAGUCGGUCCGGCCGGUAGUGGCAAGACCACAUAUUGCAAAGCGCUUCAGGACUACUUGACGGCCUGCCGAAGGCGCUGCCACAUCAUCAACCUCGACCCUGCCACCGAGGAGUAUAUACGCUUUGAAGAUGUUAACAGUCGAAAGAAUAAUGCGGCAGAUAACGACGAAUGUAGUAUAUUCGAUACCGAUAUUCGAGAUUUUGUCGACAUAGGUGCCGUAAUAGAAGAGGAUGAGCUCGGACCAAAUGCAGCCUUGGUAAGGAGUGCAGAAAUGCUCACGGACAACAUCGAAUGGCUGGCGGAACAGAUAGAAGAGACUUACAGCGACGAGUCAUACCUACUUUUCGAUACGCCUGGGCAGGUGGAGCUAUUCGUACACCUGCAGUAUGUCAAGAGCAUAUCGCAAUUGUUGAAUAGGCUUAACAUCAACGCUGUGGCCGUAUUCCUCUUGGAUGUCAGCUUCAUGACAGACCCGACCAAACUUAUCGCAGGGUCCAUGGCAGGGCUUGCAGCCAUGGCCAACCUACAUAUGCCUCAUCUAAAUGUGCUUACAAAAUGCGAUCUACUCUAUGAAACAGACGGAAGCGGUGAUUUCACGUUGAAACCAUUCGCCGAUAUCACAAGCAGCACCUUUGGACUCUCAUCGAGGGACCUCGCCUUUCAAAAAAAAAUAUUCUCCAAAGCAAACCCAAGCAAAGACGAAGAAGAAGCAUACGCCGAGGAUCUGGAUGACAAAGAAGAUGAGCUCGAUUCCACUGUUGAUUACGAAACACUCUGUGGCAUGAUAAACCGCGGGCCAGACGAACUGCUAGGUGCACUGGACAGCCACUUGCCACAAAAAUUCAAGGGAUUGAAUUCGGCAUUCGUGUCUUUGCUGGAGGACUUCAACCUUGUAAGCUUCAUACCGCUUAACAUAAAUGAUGAGGCGUCGCUUGAGCAAAUAGUGGUUGCGACAGAUGCGUCAUUGCAAUACGGGGAGGACGCAGAACCGCGGACCAAUUUCGACAUGUAUGGAGACUAA